AUGCACUUCAAACUCACCCUCCUAACGAGCUUCAUCGCCGCCGUGACCCUCACGGCCGCGCACCCACACGCCCCCGUCCAUCAACGCUCCCGUCUCGCCCACCGCCAGGCCGACAACACAACCUGCGACCUCACCACGCAGACGCCCCCAGCAAACACCCUCACACCCCCAAGCACCAUCGACACCUCCCUAAAACUCCUCAUGGUCGCCGAGGGCCGCGGCACCCAAAACUACACCUGCUCCUCCCCAACCGCAACCCCCACCCCCUUCGGCGCCAUCGCAACCCUCUACGACGCCUCCUGCUCCUCCCCAUCAUCAAACACCAGCACCCGCCCCCGACGUCCCCGGCAGGAGAACCCAGAUGCUCCCCGCAUGAUAGGCGUCCACUUCUUCACUUCCUCCCUCACACCCGACUUCUUCAUCCCCGCCCUCGGCGGCAACACCCUCGCCAAGAAAGCAGAAGACAUGCCCGCGCCUGACGCCUCGGGCGCCAACGUCCCCUGGCUGCGUCUCGAGGCCGACGUCGCGGGGAGCCAGACGGGCGUGAGGCAGAUUUACCGCGUACCCUCCCUCCAGGACUUCCAACGUCAAGAUACAGCACAGUCGCUCAAAGACAACCCUAACCCUAACUACCUUUGA